AUGAAUAACGAGAGCCAUGUAUUAAUUGACACCAGACAAGGUCUGGCACAGUUGGUGAGAUUGAGUUCUGUUUCUGUCGCCCAAGCGGUACAGGUUCAGCAGAAUCAACGUGGCGUGCCUACCGAUAAGAAAGAAUUGUUUGCAUGGCGCAAUACAAAAAAAUUUAUUUAUCUACCUCCACGAGGACAGGAGGCAUUCUUUAAAUAUCUUCGAGGUGGCAGUUAUUCGGAAGAUAAAGACAUUAUAGAUAUAGAUGUCAGAGCAUCAGGAGUGUCACAUGAUGCUAGAAGGUAUCAGUUUUGGCUGAAAACAAAAGAGAUGCAUUUAUCAAACCUUUUUAAAAGUUAUGUUUAUGAUGAUACCCAUUUAUUAGAAGUUGACAAAAUUUUACCUGAACACACAAAUGUUGAUUAUGCUGAGAAUGCUAGGAAUAUUGAUGAUUUUGUAGAGAAAUUAAUAGAUAUGAUGGAACCAUAUCUAGAUCAGAAAUUUACUGAAUUUAAGGAAGCUCUUGAAAAUGUAUAUGGGAAGAAUGGAGAAAAUAUAAAAUAGUGUUUUUUAAAUAGUAAUAGUGGUUUUUAAAAUAGUAAAAAUAAAGUUACUAAGAAAUUUGAAUGAAUGCAUUAAUUCUAUUCCAAAACCAAUACAACUGGUUUUACAACUUGUGAUUUUGAAAUAUAAACUAUGAAUUUCCCAGCAAGUUUCAACUAAACUUUUCCUUUCAAGAUGGUUAUUUGAAAGGAAACUGAAAUAUUUGCCUUGCAAGUGCUUUCUGUGGUUUAAAAAAUAUUUAGAAUAACUAGACUUAAAAUGCUCUCCAUGUGUGCAUUUUAGAUUACAAAUCAAAUCACUUAUAUUCCAUAAAAUUGCUCAGUCAUAAUGUUCAGUUUUAUAUUAAGUAUACAGUAUAGAAAUAUUUUCUACUUUUCUGGAAAUGUUUAUAGCCAGUUAUGUUGGUGAGAUCAUAUGUUUGUAAUUUAUUUUUAGUUAUUGCUUUUAAUAUUCCAUCCUAAAAGGUGUUUUAUGGUUGGGUUACCAUUGUGACUAAUGAGAAUGUAACUGUAGAACACACAUUAGCACACUUAACAAAUGAAACAAUUAAGAACAAAGAAUUGUAUAACUAGGUAUAUUUCUUGUAUAUUUUAUCAUAAGAAUUGCCAUGCAAUUCUUAUGAUAAAAAGAUGGGGUAAACUGCAGAAUCAGCCUCGGAUCUGAGGCUUGCACUGGGUCCAAACCUUUAAUUAGCUCACUGUAGCGAUGGCGUGAACAUUGUUUCCUAAAAAUUCUUGCAUCUUCAGUUUUGUCUCGUUGGUUUGCUUUUAGUUUUCACUGAACUUCUGUAAUAAGAAAGAUUUCUUAUUUUUGCUCUUGUCUGCCUCGUCUUAAAUAUCAGGGCUCACUUUAGCCCUUUAAUUGUUAUUGUUUGAUCCUUAGGCCAGUGUGUUCACUCUUCUCUUGUGCCCUAAUAACAGUUGUUAUAUCACUUGCAUGUAAAUAGUCACCUACUAAUAUAUUUCUGAAAAUGUUCUCUGCACAUCAGACGGCUUCUUACUCAUGUCAGGGUCUAAACUUGGUAGAAUCAGCAGCCAUGUGCUGAUAAGCAAUUCUACAAUCAUACUUAACUGCAGUUUAUUUGCAUGUUUCAUCGGCGAGUCCAAAGCAUUGUCAGAGCUGUGAUAUCAAAUAACCAGCAGGGUUGGAUAUCAAUGAAUGAAUAUAGUUGGUCUCCUUACAUUCCGUAAGUUAGUAAUCAGAAAAUGUAAUUUUUAAGUCUGCAAUACAGCACAUGCUUGCAUUUGGUUUGUUACUCAGGUCUUGAUAACCAUUACUGUCUUGUCAUAUUAACAAAGUUUACAUUUUUAUCUGCAUCUGCAAGUUUCAUGAAUGUUAAGUAUAAGAAAAUUAUAUGUACUGUAAUGAGAAACUAUGCAGGAAUAUUUGACAAUACUGUAUAAUUUAAAUUUUUCAAAUGUUCAACAAAGUUAUAAUUGUUUCGUCAUAAGAAAUUCAUUCUUAAAUCCAAGUGAUCAUUACAAGCUUGAAUCAUACAUUGGAGCAGAUAGUGAAUUGCAGGAAUAUUCACUUAAAUGAAUUGCAGUAUCUCUAAAAGGCAGCGAUACUAGAAACUUUUAGAUAAGCAAACAAUGUUAUAUAAAUGUUAGGAUUUAGAACUGAAUCUUGAUAAUUAUUUUGAAAUACCAGGCUUAACUAAAAACUGAUAACGAUAGUUUACAUUUAUUCAUUUGGGUCACUGACUGUGUAUACAUGUUGUAAUAAAAGAUAUGAAAAGUGUUCAGUAUUUAGUGUCGAGUCUGUUGAAUCCCAUGACCAUAGAGCUGGUAAGAAGGGAAUGGAAGAAUGGAUGAGGAUGCACUGAAUGGGAUGUGAGGUGGAGGGGAAAAGUUAGGGUGGUGGCCCAGUCACCAUGGAUUAGAGCUGGCUGACGAUAAUAUGUAGGCAUUUGAAGGUUACAUGACGUCUUGCGGCAGAUGUCACACAGGAGGUUCUGCUUUGCUCAGUUAGCCAGCUUCCUUCUUGGUGGUGUCGGGUGCCUGAUUAUUACAUUUUCUUCUGUCUUUGUCCUGCGUCUAUUUGGCUGGUUACUGGAGAGGUUACUGUUUGGGUAACAUUUGUAGCACAUAGGGUUGAAGAUUUCUUGGUAUAGUACAGUAGUGUCGCAACCAGUGAAUUGUCUCUGCUUCGACAUACCACUUAAGAGGUAGACCCAGUUUCUUGUCCUCCCUGUAACUCUUGUUGUAAUCUCUGGACAUCUUGUCCUUUAGCACCAAAGUAUAAUUGCACUUAGUUGCGUCCAUUAUUAUUUCCAUCCACCAGCCAUCUCAUGUCCAUAUGAAGUUGAUGGGGGGUGGCCUUGAUGUAGUCUGAACGAGGUGUGGAGUGUACGGCUGUCAUGUCAGCAGUUGUGGAUGUGUGCUGGUGACGUCCACCGAGGCAUCAGAGUUGAUUGUAGAGUAGGACUCUUCCUGAUUAGAUAUUGGCAGGGUUGCUGGCUCAAUUGCAGGAUCAGCUGUAGGUAGGUUCCUCAGUUGUUGGAGUGGGCAGUCUUGCAGUGGGAUGAAUUACUAGGGGUCAGUGAUGAAGGACCUGUUGCAGGAACAUGGGACACUGUGGGUGAGGCUGCAGGUGCUGUUGCCAGAGUGGGAAGAAGGUCAUCAGGUCGGUUGCCAAUUUGCAGUGACCAGCCUGUUUAUGGUAUGAUGUAAAGGCUGAUGUCUUUGCCAGUCAUUUUGUCGGCAAGGUGGAGAAGUGCAUAAAGCAAUGUGAUGGUGGUGGUGACUGCAGACGACGCUGGUGGUAGUGAAGUUGGUUGGUUGUGGGUCACAACCACUGCCCAGGGGCCAGACGGCGGUGAGGUAGCUGCUCGAAGUGUACUGCCGGACAGGGCAGGGAAUGCUUCUGAUUGCCAGUUGGCCAGGCGUGGAGCAUUGGAGGCUGCACUCGCUACCAUUUUAAGUUCCUCCUGUCUGUAGGGGCAAUCAGGUGACAGGGCAGUUUUCUUGCCAUUGCAGAGUAGGCAGCAUUGGUGGUUGGCUGUACAGCUCAACAUGUGUAAAUACUGCAUUUCCCUAUUGCUUUGUGCAUUUCUUGAAGUGCAUACACUGGUAACACUUAAAGCACUGCCUCAGCUCUGUUUACCUUUUCUUCAUGAAGGUAGGUGCCAUUGGAAUUCUAUAGCAUGUAAGGCCAUUUUCAGUGGCAGAAGCCGCUGGCAAUGAGUUUAGCUGCGACUGCAGUCAGUGCUAGGUUCUGAGAGUUGAUGUUGGUGACGAUUCCACCUUUUUUUGGAUGGU